GAGGAAUUAAUCAAGCAAUGUUCAAGAUAAAUGGAGUUGGCCUUGAUCGCUCAGGUAUUUAUGUACAAGGGUUUUCGAGCAAGCAUAUUUUAGUUGUAACAUUCCAGUGAAUAAUCAGAAGUCAGUUUGGGGUAAGUACCUUAGAAAUAAAUAGCUUUUGAAUAUGUAUGCAAUAACAUUGCCUAUGAGUGUUUAGUAAAGUAAGGAAUGGCAUUUCAAUUUACUUUGGUGUAAAAAUCAUUUGAAUUUAUUUAACUAACAUAUCACUUUUAUUCUCCCUAAAUGAUUUCACUACAAAUCAGAAGAUCCAGUUCUUAUAGGACUAUUCGUCAGGUUGUUUAGUUCAGCAGUACUUUGUGCUUUCUGAUAAGAUAUGAUCCAAAACCCAAUGAGAGAAGUCAAAAUGGACACAAUCUUCUUGUGGAGUCUUCUAUUGCUGUUUUUUGCAAGUCAAGCCUCAAGAUGCUCAGCUCAAAAAAAUACCGAAUUUGCAGUGGAUCUUUAUCAAGAGGUUUCCUUAUCUCAUAAGGACAACAUUGUAUUUUCACCCCUUGGAAUAACUUUGGUUCUUGAGAUGGUACAACUGGGAGCCAAAGGAAAAGCACAGCAGCAGAUAAGACAAACUUUAAAACAACAGGAAACCUCAGCUGGGGAAGAAUUUUUCGUACUGAAGUCAUUUUUCUCUGCCAUCUCAGAGAAAAAACAAGAAUUUACAUUUAAUCUUGCCAAUGCCCUCUACCUUCAAGAAGGAUUCACUGUGAAAGAACAGUAUCUCCAUGGCAACAAGGAAUUUUUUCAGAGUGCUAUAAAACUGGUGGAUUUUCAAGAUGCAAAGGCUUGUGCAGAGAUGAUAAGUACCUGGGUAGAAAGAAAAACAGAUGGAAAAAUUAAAGACAUGUUUUCAGGGGAAGAAUUUGGCCCUCUGACUCGGCUUGUCCUGGUGAAUGCUAUUUAUUUCAAAGGAGAUUGGAAACAGAAAUUCAGAAAAGAGGACACACAGCUGAUAAAUUUUACUAAGCAAAAUGGUUCAACUGUCAAAAUUCCAAUGAUGAAGGCUCUUCUGAGAACAAAAUAUGGUUAUUUUUCUGAGUCUUCCGUGAACUACCAAGUUUUAGAAUUGUCCUAUAAAGGUGAUGAAUUUAGCUUAAUUAUCAUACUUCCUGCAGAAGGUAUGGAUAUAGAAGAAGUGGAAAAACUAAUUACUGCUCAACAAAUCCUAAAAUGGCUCUCUGAGAUGCAAGAAGAGGAAGUGGAAAUACGCCUCCCUAGAUUUAAAGUAGAACAAAAAGUAGACUUCAAAGAUGUUUUGUAUUCUUUGAACAUAACCGAGAUAUUUAGUGGUGGCUGCGACCUUUCUGGAAUAACAGAUUCAUCUGAAGUGUAUGUUUCCCAAGUCAUGCAAAAAGUUUUCUUUGAGAUAAAUGAAGAUGGCAGUGAAGCUGCAACAUCAACUGGCAUACACAGCCCUGUGAUCAUGAGUCUGGCUCAAAGCCAGUUUAUAGCAAAUCAUCCAUUUCUGUUUAUUAUGAAGCAUAACCCAACAGAAUCAAUUUUGUUUAUGGGAAGAGUGACAAAUCCUGACACCCAGGAGAUUAAAGGAAGAGAUUUAGAUUCACUGUGAAUGAAAAGAAUAAAAGAUGAUUUCUCAAAAAUAGUUGAUUGGCAAAAUAUCAUCAUCUUGACAAUAUUUGCUCUAUAUCUUAUGUCUUUUCUGUUUUAAACUGUGCCUGUAGUAAUAGAUAUCUGUCUUGAUGAAUAAGUAAAAUUAGGUAUGCAUUUGUUUC